AUGGCUGAGAACAUCCUCGGCCUCCUCCUCGUCACCUCCUCCUCCCGCGGCCGCCACGUCUUCCGCUAUCCUCCCGACCCCGCCUCCCCAAACGUCCGCCUCGCCCAGCCCAUCUACCCCUCCGCCACAUUCACAGCCACCGACGCCGACGUUGAUUACAAACACCGGCGUGCCGGGGGUGUCGGCUCCAGCAGGCGGAGAGGCUUUGACGACCGCUCCUCGAACGCUUCCAUCCGGCGCUCCUUGUUUGGCCCCUCGACCCGGGGCAGCAGCAAGGCGAGCAAGAAUGUCAAGAAAGACAAGAAGAAGGGGGAUGAUAUCAGGCAACGAUAUAUGAACCCGCUGGCAGAGGGGAACGAUUCAAAGUACGAGGAAGAGUCUGAUCAGGGGGAAGAUUCAGACAGCUCGUCUUCGGAAAGUGAUUUUGAGCCCAUGUGGAAAGCUGGGUCUGGCGGACCUCAAGAAACAUCGAGUACGACUGGCAAGACGCCGCAUCGCCAGGCAAGCGGAGACGAUGACCACAAGGCUCACGGCGGCUUGCGGUCCCUCGAUCAUUCCACUCUGCUGGGCCCGUCUCGUAGAGGCUCGUCCAGUACGACUACGCCAACCGUCGUCGGCAUUGACAACGGCGAUAAGGAUGCUCAGAAGAAGGCUAUCGAGUCUCAAUACAACUAUGCCCUUGGAUGGCCUCUUGAAGUCCUCGCAGAUAUGCUCACUCCGCCCAGAGCUGCCUGCAAUCGGCGGUUCGAGCUCUGCGUGGGUAAUGUCGUAUUUCUAGGCCAUCCAGUAUGUGCUGGACCGGAUGGGAAAUGGGAAAUACCCCCUGACGAUGAUGAGCUUGAGGAAAGAGUACCGUCGAGAGGUAGACGGAUGAAGGACCAGCCGGUCGCGCUGACGAGCCUCGACACCGUCGUAGAAGGUAACGAAGCCUACACCUCUACCAUCGCACCCGGCGACGCAGACCCCAAGCGAAAGCCUACCGAAGAGGAUGUCCCGAAUCUUGUCAUGUUCCAUCUGGUCAUCAUCAUUGACAAGCCUGAUCCCAGACCUGGAACAGAAUCGCAUGAUGAACAUCAUACACAUACUCUGGGAGUUUACGAUGAGAUAUACCGCGAAAUUGCGUUCAAGUGGACGGCGGCGGCGUAUAGAUUGCAGUGUGAGAGUAAUCUGGUAGCGAAAGAGGCGUGGAUGAUUGUCAAGUAUAAGGAAAAGUGUUUGGCUGACGGCGUCGGUAUCACAGAAUGCUGCCGCUGGACAGCCGCUCACUGCCACAUCGACCGAACCCUCAACUACCUAUACCUACGCCUCCACCAACUCCGCACCCAUCCCACCAACGGCCUCCACUCCUAUCUCCCCAUAACCAUCACCAACCGCCUCUCCUACCUCCUCAUCGAAACCAUCCUCUCCCCCCGCCCGGCCAACAGCGAUGAAGCCUGGGCACACUGGGGUGAGCUGUCCGGGAUGCUCUCGGACGAAGGCGGGAGUGACGAUGAAGAGUCUAGUGAUGGGGAGGAAGAGUGGGACGGGGUAGUGGGAGGGAGGGCGCCAGAGCUGAAUGUGAAGCCGUGGCAGACUUUGCUUUUGAUUGAUGAUGGGAAUGUUGCGAGGCAGGAUGCGGUCCAUUUUGGAAUCAUCGGGCUGCCGGCCGAGUCUGUAGAGAUUUGGGUGGAUGGACGCAAGUCUCCCGGCAAGAAGGCAUUGGCUGCAGAGGUAGAGAGGUAUGAGGACGAGGCAGAGUUGCUCCAGUCGCUCGUUGCUGCCUGUGACGUGACAAAACCACUUUACGAGAUUGCCCAUUUGCUCCGGUACGACCUUGAAGGCAUCGUCAUCCCCCUCGCUCGCGACCUCGUACAAAACAAACGCGCCAUGCUCAUCGACGUCGUUAACCCCCGCCUACGUACUGUCGUCAUGCCCACCACCAUCGACGAACACGGUACCUCCUUCGACCAAUACUCUGCACGCUUUACCCGCGAGUUCCCAGAUCUACCCCGUUUUGCCAGGCUUAUAUCGGCUCUGUCGCUCGAGCCUGUUCCUUUCAGAAAAGUCAUUCCAGGUCCAGGAGAGCCGAGUCACGCGACAAGGCAGAAAUACAUGUCGGCGCUGCUUUGGAUGCUCAAGCAAGACUUGGUCGUGCAGGUGCAUACCAGAGCUCGGGUGUUUGCCAAGAAGGAAGUCAUGGCAGAAGCUUGGAAAAAACUGUGGUAUAGACGCAGGAACAGGUGGCUGAAUAUCCAGAAAAACAGAAAGGAGAAGGAGACCCAGGGCCCACAAUCUCCCUCUGGAUCAGACUUGAUGACUCCAAAAGCUUCAGAGAGCUAUCCCAACCCCAUCGACGCACUCAUCAGCACCACACCCCAGAACAAAACCUCUGUCCCUCCCCCCCCUAAGCAUUCCGCGCCAAAAGGGCGGGAAUACCACCAUUCUUUCCUGUCAUACGACCCUGCGCUCGAGAUGGACAGCGAUGAAGAGUUUGAUGGUGUCAGGAAUAAACAACAGUUCUCGGAAGAGGUGGAACAUCCUAGCAAGAAUGAGAUACCGAGCUUUGAGUCGAGUUUCAUUUUCAAGCCUGCUAGGGCGCAGAAGGAUGAGGCGCGGUGGUUGAGGGUGAUUCGGGGACGGGCGGAUGAGGUGUGGGCGAGCAAGUUUGAUUUGUAA